AUGUCCGCGCAUCCCGGGAGUUACCAACGCUACAAGGAGGACACCGCCGCGUUCGCUUCUUGGCUCGUUCAGUCUGCAGAAAGUUGCGGGUUCACGGUCAAACUGCGGACGAAGUCGACCGAUAAGCCCAAGGGCAAGGCCCGAAAGCGCGCAAAGAAGGAUGCCACGACCGUAUAUACGUUCACCACGGAGGAACUCGCCCUGCAAGCUGAAGCCAUCGCAAAGUCUGGUCCAGAGGGUGUCAAGGUGCCGCACGCCAUCCUGCGAAAGCUUCGACGGGCCAUCGACACAAGAACGCGCUUUACGACCUGGUUCGCAACGACUGGCUUUGAUAAUGGGCAUUCAAACGAACGCCACGCCUACUUCACGGAGCGUGCGAACAAGAACGUGAAGAAGCUCUCAAAGCCUGGCCCCUACGAGCAAAUCACGAAGGCUAUUUUCACCACCAGGCCGCUCAAAAAAGGGGAAGAUACGACGACCCAGUUCCACGGCAAGGGCACCUUGGAGAUCUCGAAGGCCGAUGAGCUCGUAUACUUGCCCACAGCACGUACGAUCAUGAAGUACCGAGGCAGCCUCUCAGCUCUAUACCAAUGCUACCCCUUUCCGGUCAUAUCAGCCACCGAUUACUACGUCGACUUUCCGGAACUACUGGCCUAUGCGUCAGUCAAGCAAUGGGUAAAAGAAGACGAAUUUCUCACGCAAAUGCUUAUGGAUGUCCACCUAAUGACGUAUUGGGACAUUGUUCCCGAAGAU